UAACGAUCAUCAAGUAUUGACGAUGAGUUUCUCGCAGCUCUUUAUAUUUGUGUUGUUCAGGCUCAUUAUCAGUCAUCAUACGUUUGUGACUGCAGACUGCGUUGACACUUCGCCGAAACCAUUCCGCAUCCCUCUUGCUAAUUGCACCAUCGCACCGAGUUUAAAUUUCCCAAGUGGCGUCGAGUCGUGGGGAGUCAAACUCAGCAUUGCAAGCCAACAAUUAUGUGCAGUCCCGUCUUUAGUGGUCAACAACACUGUCAUUACCGAGACCGAAAUUUGCAUCGCAGAUCAUACCAGCAACUUUGCCCAAUGCAUCUCACGUCGAGGAGGAACUUUCAAUUUUGACGUGUCCACUUCCUCCUACAGCAACGUUUCUGUACAGUCCCUAUCUUCCGACCCUGAGUGGGACUCAUUUAACCCCUCCUUUGGGGGAGCAGUAAACGCAACUAUUCAAUUUGCCUCCGCAUCGCUUCAACAUUUCCUAAUAGCAAUAGCGUUGCAAGGUCAGAAUCUCAAUGCAAACCAACUAGGACUUGCCAAUAACUCAGUUCUGCUGCAUUCACUUGUUUUUGCUGGAAAGUUAGUAUCACUGAGCUUCGGACUUUUCGCAGGCAGCCAGUCCAUCUCAACACCACGUGAUGGACAUAUUGUGUUUGGAGGCUAUGAUGCUGCUCUCAUCAACGGCCCGUUCAACAAUUACUCAAUGAGUAAUACUACGCUUGCUGGUAGUAGGGUCUGUUCUCUCGAGGUCAUUGUUACGCAGCUCACUCUACGACGUCCUGGAGUCACUACUGAUGUUCAGCUUCUUUCUGAUGGAACACUUAUGCCAUCUUGUAUUGAACCGUACGAUAAUCUAUUUCGGCUUCCGCCCAAUGAACUGGAAGGAUUUCAGAGAGCUACCAAUUGGAUCAACGAUACCACCAUGGUCCCACCCGACUUAUAUGUCGUGGAGCCUGGUCUCAACUACAACAACCCUUUCAAUGGCUCUCUGAUUUUCACCCUGCAAGAUGGCCUCGAAGUUGAGAUUCCUGCCUACGAAAUGGCAGGGCCGCUGCGAGGAAUUGACUCAAAUGGUCAACGAGUUUUAAACAACAACGUCACAACUGUGAACAUCUUCGACCUGAAGGCUCCACAAAAUACGGCAACCCUUGGAAAAGUUUUUCUCUCUCAGUUAUACCUAACGGUCGAUUAUCCCAAACAGCAGUUCCAGCUCGCACCUGUUGUCCCGGGGAAUGACUUGAGCUCAGACUUGAGACCAAUUGACUCUUCAGGCCCUGUCAAAUGUUCACCUGGUACUUCUAGGACAGGUACUGAAAUUGGAGUGAUAGUGGUAGGCAGCAUACUGGCAAUAAUUAUGAUUCUUGCCCUCAUUCUCUGGAUCUACAAAUGGCGGCCCUUGUUGAGGAGGUUGGGGGAGACCCCAUUGGUACAGGCUCCGCCAACAGUGGAGGAUAACUCGCUCGUAAUCUCAAGCUUGGAGGGGGGGAUGGAAGAACUACGGAAACGUGUAAAAGAACUGGAAGAAGGUCACGUGAGAAGACAUGAGUUGGAGACUACCCCUAGUCGAGAUACAGGACCCUCGGCAUAUCGUCCGUGGGGAUCGGUUGCUUCGGUUGAACUGCAUUCUCCUACUGAACGCGAAAGACUUUCAAGUAUUCCAGACGGAGUGGGACUGCAGAGCUAGCAUGAUCAAUUUUCCAGUUUGACCACUUUGUUCCGACCCUUAGUCGACGAGAUGCAGCAAAAAGCCCUGAUCUCACCCUUUUACCAUAAUAACUGCUGCCUAUACUAGCGAGUCUAGAGUGACGAAGGAGAGGGAGAGAAAGCAAG